AUGGCCAUCUUCGAUCCGUUCAAGAUCCGGCAUAAACCUCCGGCGACUUUUCCGGCGACUGUUAUGAAGCCAGGAUACUUUCGCUCCCUCGCCGUCAAGCCCUUCCUCGCCGUGUGCAGUUUCGCUUCCGUCGUCAUAUGCUUCUACGUCCUCUUAUCCGGCGACAGAGGUGGCUGUUCCCCGCCGCGUAAUAUGACGUGGCCGGAAACUUCUCCCCCGUACCGGAUCUCCGGUGACACCUCCCGAUUCAACUACACGUGCUGGUAUGGUUCGAGAUCGGCUAUCCGAAUGGCGAGGAUAGUGAAGGAGACGUUCGAAUUAGGGUUACAGAACGUGAGAUGGUUCGUGAUGGGAGAUGACGACACGGUGUUUUUUCUGGACAAUCUCGUCACUGUCCUAAACAAGUACGACCACAACCAGAUGUAUUAUGUCGGGGGAAACUCCGAGAGUGUCGAGCAAGACAUCGUUCAUUCGUACGCCAUGGCUUACGGCGGUGGAGGACUCGCCAUUAGCUAUCCGUUGGCCGCCGAGCUCGUACGGAUUCUCGACGGUUGCAUCGAUCGAUACGCUUCGUUCUACGGAUCGGAUCAGAAGAUCGAAGGUUGUAUUAGUGAGAUUGGAGUUCCCAUCACCAAGGAACUAGGGUUUCAUCAGGUGGAUAUUCGUGGGAACCCGUACGGACUACUCGCGGCCCACCCGGUGGCUCCGCUGGUCUCCCUUCACCACCUCGACUACGUCGACGCGAUCUUUCCUUCCACCAGCCAAGUCGACUCACUCAAGAGGCUAAUGUCCUCCUUCAGAUCCGACCCGAACCGGAUCCUCCAACACAGCUUCUGCUACGACCCGACCCGGAACUGGUCCGUAUCCGUCUCGUGGGGCUACACCGUUCAGAUCUACCCGUCGUUGCUGACCGCGAAAGAGCUCGAGACCACAUUACUCACCUUCAAGUCGUGGAGGACUUCAAGCUCUGAGCCCUUCACGUUCGACACCCGACCCGUUAGCGACGACCCCUGUUUGAGACCCGUUGUUUAUUUCCUCGAUCGAGUUUACGAGUUCGGGUCGGGUCAAACCCUGACCACGUAUAGGAAGUUUGUGGAGUUGAACGAAGAGAACCAGUGCGAGGACUCGCCGGAAUAUUCUCGCGCCUUGGCUGUCGAGUUCAUCGACGUCACUGCUUCCAAGUUGAACUCCGACGUAUGGAAAAAGGCGCCACGUAGACAAUGCUGUGAAGUGAUCAACGGUGGAGAUGAAGAAGCAGGUAAUGUCUUAAACGUGAAGAUCAGACAUUGCCAUCCUUUCGAGGGGUUUUAA